AUUCACUCUUAUCGUCACAGCUUUUUUUUUAAUCAGCAACAGUCUUCCAUUCUUGUUUUAUCAUACUCUUCUUUUGUUAGCCAAAUAAACACUGUUAUCUGUAUUUUUGUGCAAUUUAUAGUCAUGGCCUUCGGUUUUUAGGUAAUCAUAAUCUUUUUUUUCAUAUCUAAAGAAUCCAAACAAUCAGAAAAGAAGCAACCCAACUAGAAUGGGAGAGGAGGUCACUAAUACUGUGGUUGGGAAAAUAGUGGAUUUAUUGUUUAGUGCGGCUAAACGGGAGAUUGAUUACAUCCGAAAUUACACUAAAAAUAUUGACAAGUUGAAGAGUGAAACUCAAAAGCUCAAGGAUAUGAGGGAUAGGAUUCAACAACGAAUCGAUGCAGCUAAAGAAAAUGGACAAGCUCUCUUAGCUGGUGUGCAGAACUGGAUGGAGAAGGCAGACAUUGAAAUAUCCAAAGUGGAAGAGUUUCUCGAACAAGAAGCCAACGCCAAGAAGACGUGCUUCAACUUACGACCUUGUGUCAAUUUGGGCACCCUCCACCAUUACAGUAAGAUGUCGAUAAACAAAACCCCUUUUCUUCUGCAGCAUCAAGAAGAUGGUCAAACUUACGAAUCUUGUGUCUCCAUUCGCACUCCCACCCCAAGAUUUAUAGACCUCUACCAAGCAAAGAAUCUUGAUGAUAUUGAUACCCACAAGUUGGUGUUGAGGGAGAUAAUUAAAGCUAUCAAAGAUGAGAGCGUACAAAUUGUUGGAAUUUAUGGGUUAGGAGGUGUAGGGAAAACUACACUAGCCAAGGAAGUUGCUGCAGAAGUGAAGAAUCUUUUUGCAGACACUGUGUUUAUAACUGUCUCACAGACUGUAGUCGUUAAAGAGAUUAAAAAAAAUGUUGAAGUAGCUGCAAAGCGAAUAAUCAAUGGGGAGAAGGUUCUAAUCAUUUUAGAUGACAUAUGGGAAACGCUAGUCCUCCCUGAUGUGGGCAUACCAUGUGGGCCUUCCCACAGGAAUUGCAAGAUUUUGUUGACGUCUAGAAGGAUGGAUGUAUGUGAAGCGAUGAACGCCGAUAGGAAUAUCUGUGUAAACACUUUGACGAAGGAAGAAGCAUGGGUCCUCUUCAGACGUAUGGUUGGUGAUGAAAAGUUAGCGAACGACUCCAGUCUGGAGAAAAUUGCCAGAGAGGUGACUGAAGAAUGUGGUGGAUUGCCCCUCAUCAUUCAAGCCGUGGGAAAUGCUUUAAAAAAUAAAAAAUUUAAUAUUUGGGAGGCAGCACUUGACCGACUAAGAAAGCAUGCCCCUCUAGAGAUUGCUCCAGAGAUAAGGAAAGCAUUUACUCAUUUGAAGCUGAGCUAUGACUUACUUGAUAGCAAAGAAGCUAAAUCAAUCUUCUUGCUGUGUAGUUUGUUCAGGGAAGAUGGAAUCAUAGAUAUGUUAAGCCUAGCAGAAUAUGGGGUGGGUCUGCAGAUAUUUAAUAAUCUGGAUAGCUUUAAUGAUGCCGAAAAAAGAGUCCGAAUGGCAGUUGACACCCUCACAUCCUCUUCCUUGUUAUUAUCCGAGGGAAACGAAGUAAAAAUGCAUGACGUUGUGCGUGAUGUGGCUUUGUUAAUAACUUCUUCUUAUGAAGGUGAAGAGAAGGAGAAGUUUUUAGUGGAGGCUGGAAAAUGUAUGACAGAAUGGCAACCAAGAAACAGAACCUCAGAAAGCUACACCAAGAUCUCACUCAUGAGUAAUAUAAUUCGUAAGCUUCCAGAUCAUCAGCUUCAUUUCCCACUCCUUGAUACUUUCCUUAUACGACACAAUCUUCUUUCAAUUAUUCCUGAUGAAUUCUUUGGAGGCAUGAAAGAAGUUAAAGUUUUAGAUAUGUCUUGGAAUCCCAUCAAAUCCCUCCCACAAUCACUGAAGCUGCUCACAAAACUCAUCACGCUUGAUCUAAGUACCAAUAGACAUCUUACAGAAAUUUGUAUAGUUGGGGAGCUAAAAGACCUUGAGAUUCUGAGGGUUAGAGGGACCGGAAUUAAAGUGAUUCCUAAAGAGAUCGGUCAAUUGACCAACUUAAGGCUGUUGGAUGCGGGUGACUGUUUCCAUUUAUCUGAUGUAACAGCUGGUGUCAUAUCAAAGCUCCCUAGGUUGGAAGAGUUGUAUAUUGGAACCCGUCACAGGGACCCGUCGCGCUUUGGUCUUAUGGAAAUAAGUAACUUGAAAUGGUUCAGAGCUCUGCAUUUGUCAAUGAAUUCUGAUGGUUGUCAUCUUUUUCCUGAAGGUACCUACUUCAAAACGUUGCAAGAAUUCUUUUUUCAAUUUAUUUUCGGAAGGAUUAAUACAAGGGUUAAGAGAUUAUUUUUGCGUAUUGAUCCGGAACCAUCAAAAUCGUAUUUAAAACAUCGACUACACAUUGCACAUUCUAACUUCCCAUUCACUAUGCCAAUCAAGAAACUGUUUCAGGUAAGUGAUGGUAUAUUACUAAAGAGGAUAAAAGAUUUGGAUAACAUCAUACCAGACCUUUAUGGAGAGAGUACUAUUGAUGAAUUAAAGUCUAUUGUAUUGGAUGGUUGUGACAAUGUUUCAUGCUUGGUGAAGACAACGAUGCAGCCUUUUGUUGCAUCCAAUGACCUGAUGCUUGGUCAAACGAAAACAACAAAAGAAAAGUACUUCUCCAAAGUGGAAGAAAUCUUUAUGAAAGAACUUAAGAACCUGAAGAUUCUUUUUGAUUGUUCAUUUCAAUAUAUAAGCUUGCGUAAUCUACAAGCCAUUGAAAUUUCAGGUUGUGAUUCCUUGUUGACGGUAUUCCCAUUAAGUGUAGCACAAGGGCUUUCCAAUCUGAGACGUAUACAGAUUUUGAGGUGUGACAGUUUGAUGGUAGUGAUUUCUGGUGGAGAUGAGCAAACAGCUGAUAAUGACAUCGAGUUCCCUAGACUUACCCAUAUUUCCCUAAAAAAUUUGCCCAAAAUAAAGAGCUUCAACUCUGGAGAUUCUACAGUCAAAUAUUCUUCUUUGGAGUUUAUCGAGGUGGAAGAUUGUCCUAGCAUGAAGAGGUGGGGUUAUGGAGUCCAUGAUAUGCCCCAUGGCAAAUUUUGUCAUGAAGUGAAUUUUAAUUUGUUCCGUUAAUGAUCUUUUCACACCACGAAAGGUAUGAAAAGACAACUAUCCCACCCAAUAUACAACCAAGGAGCUGGAGACCAAUUUAUAUGUGUCAAGGACUCUUCUUUCUUCUUUUUGCCACUCAAGAUUUCGUGCUCUACCUAUAAUUAACUCAUAAUCACACAAAAUCAAGGUUUGUUGUAGUUCUGAUGCUUCCAAAUUUAACAUUGUGGCUCACACAACUAACGGUGUUCAAAGAGUGAAUUACUUGAAGAAUGUUUAGUACUUAGAAUUAAUUGCAAAAACAGAGUGGCUCUAUGUCAUCAUCUUCCUCUUCUUCUCCAUCAGCGAUCUCAUCUUCCCAACUCCCAAGUCUAAUCAUCAUCAUCCUCAUCCUCAUCCAUGUCUACUGUAGAUGUGAUCUAAUAUUACCUUCAGGAUUUGAAUUCUUAUGGCUCACUCAAUUUGGUUUCAAUAGAGAGAAGCACAGAGGGGAGACCAUAUGCUCUUUAGCUUUUUUUUUUCGUCCUCAUAAUAUCGCCAUGGCAAUUCAUCAAACAGUCGGCUAUAGGUGGUGGUUACAACAAGCUAUCGUAAAAACGCUGCCAACUCAGUAGCACAAUUCCAAAAUCAUAACCGAUAUGAUUUAUUUUAGGCUAUAGGUGGUGGUUACAACAAGCUAUCGUAAAAACGCUGCCAACUCAGUACCAGUACGUCCUCGUUGGUUGAUUUUCUGCUUGAAGACACCCCCCUUUCUCGCUUUGUCCCUUCCCGGUGGUCGACGAAGUUAGACGUUCGGUGGACCCUCCCUCUCGGUGGUGUCGAACUAAUCAUUAAGGUCGAAGCUAACACCAAUGUCCGAUUCGGAAGUUCUUACCCUUUGGUUGGAGCCGGUGGUAGAUCCUGAAUGCGUCGUUUCCAGAUAAAAGACCCAUUUUGGACCAUUACGAAAAACUUACCACGUUUUUUGGUUGUUAAAUGGUUUAUCAUUGUUGGUAAUUUUGUAUUGGUACAACACGGUUGAUAAAAUGUUAAAAUCGUUGCUACCACUUCUAUGCACAUUUUUAAGAUUGUCAAAUACGCCGUUAAAUUUGGUGCAAGUCGCUCGAAGGUCAUACCGUUUUGCAUUUAUCGAGUCGUAUGUAUGGUUCGUUUGCCUUCCUAAUAACGUGUGGAAGUGAUCUAAAACAA